UUCAGUAUAUGCUAUGUCCCCGAUUAGGUGAAUCAGUGAUUACGAAAAAAUUGCAAACAAUCGAUAAGAUUAUUAAAAUUCAAACAACCGUUUGCAAACCACGGUUAAUAAAGUUAGUAACAAGAAACGUGCUAUGAAUUAUAACAGACAGUUCCCAAAAUGGCGUCUUCUGUUGUGUGUUAGUGAGUGCUCCAGUGUUCCAAAAGUUCUUAAAUUUUAGUUCAAACAGAUGCCACAAAUGGACUCUCGGUGGGGGUAAUCUAAUCACCAGAUCAUAUCAUAUCAAUAGCUGAAAUGAAUCAAAAUAAUAAAAAUAAGAUGUGUCGAUUUUCUCGUUGACCGAGUGUGUGUGCGAGUGAUUCAAGCGUGUUUAGUGUAAUUUCAAUGGAGGAUUUCGGCGGAAAAGUCAUCAGAGCUCCAUCGCUGAAAAGAGGAAAGACUGAAGAAAGGAUUACGGAUAGGAUUAAAUUGGAGAAGGUGUUAGGAGUGACGGUAUCUAGCAAUGCAGCUUUGGCCUCGGAUAGCAACGGAACAAUCGCCUAUCCCGCAGGAUGCACGGUCGUUCUAUUCAACACCAAAACCGAGCAACAGCAUCACAUAAUCAACACCUCCCGCAAGACCAUCACGUCGCUGGCCUUCUCCUCGUGCGGACGUUACGUAGUGACAGGCGAAUGCGGCCACCAACCCGCAGUACGAGUAUGGGACCUGUACUCGGACCCGACUCCGGGCCAUCCUGGCCUGGCGCCCCAGCCACAACAGGUGGCCGAAUUCGCCGGUCACAAGUACGGCGUGAACUGCGUCGCCUUCUCGCCUUCCGGCAAGUACGUGGUGAGCGUAGGCACCCAGCACGACAUGAUCGUGAACGUCUGGGACUGGAAGAACAACAUCAAGGUGGCUAGCAAUAAAGUUAGCACGAAAGUGAAAUCGGUGGCGUUCGCGGAUAACGGGAGCUAUUUCGUGACGGUAGGGAACCGGCACGUGAAGUUCUGGUAUUUGGAGUAUGGGAAGUCGAAGUACAAGGAGGCGGUGCCGCUGAUGGGACGUUCGGCCAUUUUGGGCGAACAAAGGAAUAAUUAUUUCUGUGAUGUCGCUUGCGGCAAGGCCCAGUGCGGCGAUAGCACCUACGCUAUCACCCGAUCGGGGCUCUUGUGUGAAUUCAACAAUAGAAGACUUUUAGAUAAAUGGGUAGAAUUAAGGACAACAAGUGCCAAUUGUAUAACUGUAGGUGAAAAUUAUAUUUUUGUUGGUUGUGCCGAAGGAAUAAUUCGAUGCUUUGAUCCUGCCACACUUCGGUUCAUCACGACGCUUCCGCGGACGCACUAUUUGGGCGUGGACGUCAGCAUGGGGACUAGUAUAACUCACAUGGCUUCGCCGCCACCGGACGCUAAAUACCCUGAUACAGUAGCUUUGACUUACAACGAAACUAACCACAAACUAACAAGUAUAUAUAAUGAUCAUUCCAUCUACGUGUGGGACGUAUAUAAUAUUAAGAGGGUAGGCAAAUCCUUCUCAUUCCUCUACCACUCGGCCUGCAUCUGGGGCGUAGAAAUGGCCCCGCCCAACAGCCCCCUUCCCCCCGGCAGCUUCCUCACGUGCAGUUCCGACGACACAAUCCGCGUCUGGAGCCUCGACAAAAUCACCGACCGCAACUCCAAAGCAAUGUACCGCACCAACGUUUACAGCAACGAAUUGCUCAAGGUCGUCUACGUCGACAAAGACCUAUCCUACAUCAAGGACCUAGACCUAUCCACCAGCAACGCCGACAAACAAGAGACGUCGUACGACGGCCGCAACGGCGUGCGGUGCAUUCGGGUGAGUCCGGACGGGAAGAACCUGGCCUCGGGCGACCGCUCGGGCAACAUCCGCAUCCACGACGCCGCCACCAUGAAGGAGCUCUGCAAAAUAGAAGCCCACGACGCCGAGGUGCUGUGCCUCGAGUACUGCGGCUUCAACUCGAAUUUGAACCUCAUGGCCAGCGCCAGUAGGGACCGGCUGUUGCACGUUUUCGACGUCAACCACGGAUACGAGUUCCUGCAGACCCUGGACGACCACUCGUCAUCGAUCACGGCCGUGAGGUUCCUCAGCCACCAUCGGAACCUCCAGAUGGUGUCGUGCGGCGCCGACAAGAGUUUGAUUUUCAGGUCGUUAAGCGACCUCGGGGGGAAGCCCCAGUUCACGCGCGAUCACAACGCUACGGGAAAAACGACGCUGUACGACAUGGAGGUGGACACGGGCCAGAAGCACGUGAUCACGGCUUGUCAGGACCGCAACGUGCGUAUAUAUAGCGUGAACACGGGGAAGCACACGAAGAGCUUCAAGGGGAGUACGGGUGACGACGGGACUUUGAUCAAGGUGGUUCUUGACAGGUCGGGGAUUUACUUGGCGACGUCGUGCACGGAUAAGUCGCUGUCGGUGUACGAUUAUUACUCGGGGGAGUGCAUGGCGACGAUGUGCGGGCAUUCGGAGUUGGCGACGGGACUGAGGUUUACGAACGACUGCCGUCGGCUGAUUUCGGCUAGCGGCGACGGCUGUGUUUUCGUGUGGAAGGUGCCGCACGAUAUGGUGGUAACGAUGCACGCGCGACUGAGUCAACAGGCGAUGAGGGAGGGGAAGACAUUGGAGAGUGAUAUUUUGAGCGAGAGCAGGGAUAUGUACGAUGCGAGUGAGAUGGAUGCUAAUUAUAGGUUUAGUAUUGGCCAGUUGCCUCAAUGGGCCAAGAAACAAUUGAACGAGGACACUAGUCAUUUGCCGCCACAAACCAAAAACGUGGCGGUCCCGAAAGGACGAUGGGCUCAAAGGGCCGACAACCCCUUAGAAAUGAAGAACUUUUACGCGAAUAGCUCUUUGACGCUACCCGUGGAUAGGAGGUUCGAUUCGGACGGUUCCAAAGACAGUUCAUUGGAGGAAACUCGCAAGGAGGUUGUGAUUUCCAGAAGGACCAUGGAUAACGUGACGAUUACCCGAGGCGACAACCGGAGGGAAACAAUGUCGGACACGAUGACAGACACCGGCUUCGAGUCGACCGCACACGACGGAGACAUCGAUUCGGAUCACGAGUACCGACACAGACCCCUGUAUUACCCCAAUCCAGCAGACUCAGCCAGCGGUAGCGAGUUCACGGUCACCAACAUCGACGCCGACGAGCUGCGCAAGUCGCAACGAAAAAAGAAAGGUACCGCGCCGCAGAUACUCAUCCAGCAGACCUCGUCGACGUACGGCAGUCAGGAUUCCGACGACGACGACGACGAGGCGUCGACGCCGAGCGGCGAGAACACCGACAGGAAUCCGAUGUCGUUGUUCUCCGUGAGUUCCGAAUCGUUGGACCAGUUGGGCAGCAGGGAGAAGUACCUGCAGUCGACGUUCGAGAGCAUGAGCGGCGCCGAGACGGAGUUGACGCCGGGGAAGACGUCCAUUUCCAGCAAGUUCUUCACGCGCAGUCCGGAUAUAAAUAUGGCGGCGAUCAACGCGGUGAAGCAGAUCAAGAGCGAUCCCGAGACGGUUAUGAAGAGGCAGAUGCUGAAUAAGCGCAUUGCGGAGACGAAGAAGAAGCUGGAAAGUGUGGGCCACACAAGUCCCUUGAAGUACAGCCAGUCCAUUCACGACCUCUCCCACAUCCCGGAACGCGACAAAUGGUCGAAAAAACAAGGUAAUGACGUUUGUUCAUGCUUGCAGUACGAAAGUGAGCGACUAAACCCGAACGAUAACCCGCGCUCUACUAACCCCGACGAUGCCAACUUCAUACCGAUGAGUUGUUCGGUACCGACCGAUUUGCAGCUGUGCGGCUGUUAUAUGCAAGACAUAGCCAAAAAUACAUCACAGCUUUCACACAUUCUCAACACUGCCUCUUUACACGCUGCCAAUGUAGAAUUAGCUAACGAUCAACUGAUCAGGCCGAGGAAGCUCAAACUGGAUAAGACUCUAGUUAAGUAUAAGUUGCACAAAAGCUUGCCGGUGUCGCCGGUCAGCGAGGAGCGCAGCUUCUCGGACUUCGUCCAACAGCAGAAAGAGGAAACGUCGAAUCGGAAGUCCUUUAGUUAUUUCGUGGACUUUGAGAAGAUCGACGCGAACGAAGGCUUCAGGCAGAUUUGUAGCGACAUCGAGAAGUUUUCGAAGGAUUUUAAUAGAAAGUACGACCAGAUUGAGAAAGGGUUGGAUAAGCACGAGGAAGAGGAGGGGAAUUUUAGUUCGGACUCGUUGGAAGAGUACAGUUUUCGCUCAGUCGGUAACAAAAAGCUCAAAAAUUCCGUGCCACCACGACGAUGUGUCUCGUCCAACGAACUAAGCAACUAUUUGAACGAAGAUUGUCUUGAGGAGAUACCCAAAAGCGAGAGUUUUUAUUUGAACCCGAAUAUCCAGACCAGUCAGGAUAGUAUAUUAAGUGAUGACAAUUUUCUCGACGAUUACCCGAUGCAAGCUAAAAGCUACUGCAACAGUAUGGAAAGUAUCUUGUCGAACGAGUCAGACUGUAAGUCUGCUCCUUUGGAGGUUCUUUUCGCUCCUCAGAAACGUUUCCUUCAAGCUCCUUCUUCUGUGGUUCACUCACAGUCUCUGCCGAAGAAUCUCGGUAGUGGCCCUCCGAGUCCGCGCAAGGCUCAAAUGCGGACGUCCCAAACCCAAACCGACUUUCCCACGACGGAAGAAGUAGUAGCCAAAAAAACUAACGCUAGUGCCGAGUUUCAAGAGAAACUUCUCCGGUUUGAGAACAUAGCGAAAAAACCGGUGACUUUUUUCGUCGAGUCUGAUCAAAAAGUGGUGCGUUCGAAGAAUGUUAAGAACGAAGAAAAGAGACCUCUGUCGGUGAAGAAUAGCGAAACCGAAAUGUACAUACCGAGCUUAGAAACCAAGAACAAACAGUACAAGAGUAGAUAUUGUAACGUUUUGAACAACAAACCCGAAUUUAAUGUAGAGAUUUUCGAAAGCGGUACCAAACACUACACCCCGAGUACGCUCAAGUUCGAGAAGAACACGAACCAAGUGCAAGAAACGUCCAGUUUAGACCGUCAUUUGUUUACUAAGAGUCUGAUCACGAGCGAGAAGAUUUGUCACAAACCCCCGAAAGCCGUCCGUAGACAUAGCUCAAAGACCCGAAAAACGAAAACUUCGUACGAAUACGUAAAGAAGGAAGACUUCUACAAUUCCAAGAGCAACAAGUUGAACAACCGUCACGUGACGGACGAGAACACCAUCGAGUUAAGCUACAAAGAGAAAAACGUCGAGAAAGACCUGGAGACCAGUCCGAACACGAACAUCCUGACCAAGUUGUACGACACUUUAGACAAGUCAGCGAAAGAUUCAGACGUCAACCUAAACGUCAACUCGGAGCCGAAAACCUACGAUUCGGUUAACCUCUGCUCCGAGGACAAGUUCGACAAGAGCAAACGCUACGAGAGCAUCCAAUUCGCUCUCGAGAACAUCAAAAUCCUGAACGAAAUCCAGCGCAAGAUCCAGAAAAUCAACAGUCUGGUCGACAUUUUCAAAAAGAACAUGUGUUCGGGCAAGGUCCGAGCGCUGUCGAGCAUGUACGAGAGCAUGACGAGCUACUACAACGACUUAACUAAGUUGCAGGCCACGCCCAUCAGGUUGCGCAAGCGCAACUUGAGUCUGCCGAGCUUCGUCGAGAGACGGCUGAGCGAUGGUAAAGUCAAAAAUGUUAACAGCGAGGGAGCGGAAGUUUCAGGGAAGAAACCGUCGGCGAGUGGUCGAACCAGCGCCAGGUACUCGAAAAAUAACGCGAUGAUCACCAGGAGCAGAUCCAGCGGGGUCCUGAAUCAGUCGGACUCGGAGAACGAAGCCGACAAGAAAAUGUCCAGGUUGAUGCGGCCGACGAUCAGUUCGCACAACAAGAUCAACAACAAGACGCUGCAGAGUAGGAAGAAACAGUCGUAUUCGACGAGCAACUUGAACACCGUGGGGGUGGACAACGUGUCGACUUCGGACGACGAGAUCGAGGUGCAGCCGGCGAAGCCGGCCGUACCGCCGAGGAGUCGGACGUACGAGAACGGGCCUCCGACGGUGAUGCCGAGGAGGCACCUGAAUAACAAAGAAAAGCCUAAAGCAUCCCGCCACACCAUCCAUUUCGAAAAACUCAAGGUGGAUUUGGACAGCACCCUCACGAACGACGACGACAUAGACUUAUCGACCGUCGAGAUUUCCCACCAGCUGUGCGACGACGUGAUCCAGCAGCUGACCAAAGCUGCCGAUAAGGUAGUGGAACUGUAUAACCGGCUCAACGAGACGGAAACCGACACUCACGACACGACCGUCGCCAAGAUGGACAUGGUGAAGAACCUGGAGAUGUCCAUCUUGAACACCCACAAAAUCCUGCAUGAUUGUAUCUUCAAGAAGCUGAAACAGAGCAACGGCAACGUGGACGUCAACCAGACGGACACGGUGAAGAAGUUGAACGAUUUGGUGUCAAAGGGACCCAGCGGCCCGAAUUCGGUGGUCAGCAUGAUGGAGCAAUACUCGGAUAUUCUACUAGACAUGAUUGUCGGCUGUAACAUUUAUGAUGUACUGAAACGAUAGGCCAAAUGAACGUGUGCAAAUUAGGGAUUUUUUUAAGAGGAAUUGUUUCUGUGCUUCCCCUAAUCCGGUAGUAUUUUUUAUACAAACUUUAUAUUGAUUGUAUUUUAUGGUUGUUUUAAUGCAGUGUGAAUUGAUCUUUUAUCAAACUACAAUGUAACUUUUAUUUAUACUGUACAAUUUUUAUUUAAUAUGUAAUUUUUUAACAGAUGGUAUGUAGUUAUCAAACUGUCAAUUCUGUAUAGGCUCACCCAUGAUGUAACCUCAGACUGUAAUUUCGUAAAUGAAUGUAGGUUCGUAAAAUUAAACGAUUAAACAACUAA